AUGGGAUUACUAACGGAUCAUCAACACACGGCAAUAACAGACAGAAUUGAUGCAAUUGUCUCGUCACCUGACCGAACCAUUGAAGUGGAACUGGCCCCGCUGCUACAGACGAUGCGUGCUGGCAAUGAACUGCAGCACGGUGGGAACCAGGCAGAAGCCGCUAGAUGUAUUCGCAAAAAGCUGAAAUACGGCGGGAAAAGGGAACAACUGCGGGCCUUGGAGCUGCUGAAUUUGCUGAUUUCACAGCGUGUGAGAUUAGGUGUGAUGUAUAAUGAUAGAAAAUUGCUGGAGCGCGUAGAGGGCAUCGCGAUGAACAGUGCUCGGGAUUCGCAGGGAAACCGGUACGACAAGCGGAUAGUGCGACAAUGCGUGCUGGACGUGGUCGCUUGGGCCGAUUUGGCCAAGGAAACGGGUGGGUCACGAGCGUAUGCCGGCCUCCUGGUCAUGGGGGAUGCAGUGCAGCAGAAAUACGAGGUAAGGAAGGGUGGAACGUCAUACAUGAGUGAUGAGGGCGCAGGAUCGUCUGGAAGGCGUAGUUCUAAAACUAAUGGUGGGCGCAGACGUCGUUCGAGACGUGGGUUCAUGGCGGACGACGCAGAUGACACUGUUUUGACCGCUGACGAGCGUUAUGGGAUCCCCACAAUCAAUCUGGAACAACAAGCGCCACGGAUACGCAAUUUAAUCAGCGAUUCGCUUGCGUCUGCUAUCGCACUGCGCAACACGCUUGCCUCGAUUCGACCUGGCACUGCCAGCACGGAAGACGAAGACGCUACUGCACAAUUCAUCCAGGCGCGUGCCAUGCGCCGUAAGGUCUUGCGGUAUUUGCAAGUGGUUACAGGCGGCGAGUUUCUGGGCAGCUUGAUACAUGCCAAUGAGGAGUUGGUGGGGGCACUGACACAGUACGACGCCCUGGGUGAUGGUGCUGACGAUCUCAGUGACGCCGACGACCUCAGCGACGAUGCGGGCUCUUUGAUUUCAGAAUCUUCUUCCAACGUUUCGUCUGUCGCACCGUCAAGCGCCUCGUUUGCACCUACCGCACGCAGUGACGAUCCCUUCGGAGACCAGAACCGCAUUGCAAACUGA